UCCCCUCCCCAGCCCCCAUCCCUGCAGACUCGGUUGUACAAGCUGUCAUGGCGGCCCGGCUGCUAAGUUUGCCUGCUCGCUGCCUUUCAGCGGCAGUGGCGGUACGAAGGCUACCGGCUGCCCGAGUUCGCUGGGAAUCCUCCAGGGCUGUAAUCGCCCCGUCCGCUGUGGAGAGAAAGCGGCAAAAAGAACCGACCAUGCUCUGGCAGGAGGACCCAGAACCCGAGGACGAAAAUGUAUACGCGAAGAACCCAGACUUUCAUGGUUAUGACAGUGACCCAGUGGUGGACGUCUGGAAUAUGCGAGCUGUCUUCUUCUUUGGUUUUUCCAUCGUCCUGGUCUUUGGUACCACCUUUGUGGCUUAUUUGCCUGAUUACAGGAUGGGAGAGUGGGCCCGCCGGGAAGCUGAGAAACUUGUGAAAUACCGAGAAGCCAACGGCCUCCCCAUCAUGGAAUCCAAUUGUUUUGAUCCUGGCAAGAUCCAGUUACCAGAAGAUGACUGAUGAAUUACUGAGCAGCUCUCUUAAAGAAGCACUACUUUGCCCACCCUCUGCCUGUCCUUCUCCUGGUUUCUCAGAACAUUGUAUUAAAGGAAUUGAAAGUA